AAAAGACUCUAGCUUGCAAUACGCCCAUCUCUCUCUUUCUCUUUCUCUUGCUCCCAAACCAUUAUUGAAAACUUGGCUGCUUUUCAGUUUACCCAACAGGAAAUGCAACCGCAAGAACAUCAGUCAUCAUCAGAAUCUUCCCCGUCGCUCGAUGAUUGCUUAAAGCUGUUAAAGGGCGAGAGAGACGAGCAACGCCUCGCUGGUCUUCUCCUCGUCACCAAGCUAUGCGACAAGGAUGAUCACACUUCAAUCCGGAAAGUAUACGACGCCAUUGGCGAUCGAUUUCUCGAUAGGCUCUUGCGAACUGGAAUGGGGGAAGGAAGUGCAAACUCAAAUAAGAGCGAUAAUCAUGAUGCCUAUUUACAACUGGCGGUUAUGGUUCUUGCAGUAUUUUGCCGUGUUUCUGAUAUAGCUUCUUCUAAAUACAUGCUCUCUAAGGUUCCACUUGUAUUGGAGAUUAUGUCAAAGGGAUUGGGCUCCUGUGAGGAAUGCCUUGAAAUAUUGUUUUUGGUAUUAUCUGCAAAUGAAGCUGCUCUAGUAACAAUAUGUGAAUCUGGAGGUCUACGGGUGCUAGCUUCAAACAUAUACACUCUGCCAGAGGGUACCCAUUCAUUAGAGCUAGCAAUUAGACUUGUUCGGUUGAUCAUUAGCAUGCCCCUUUUUGACACCGUUUACAACAAAUACGCAUCAGACCUUGCAGUAAUGGUGGCAGCAAUAGGGAAACAACUUGCCGAAUUGCAUAGCAUGCUGAAAUUUGAAGCACUUCAUAUACUAUCUGCCAUUGUCUCUUCAAUGUAUUCGGAAUCCCUGCAUCACGCUCUUUGCUCAAUGAAAGAUGACAGUUGGCCAGGCUGGAUACGUCAAGGUGUUGUAGCAAUUUUGCAGAAUCGAGUUGCCCCUACUGAAAAGCUCCGUGCACUUAUUUUGGUUGAGUUCACCAUAUCUAUAGUUGGUGAACAGUGGUUUAUUGGUCCAACGACCCUAGGAUCUUUGCAAGAACCUGUUCCACCAAAUAGGUGCUUAUUGCUGGUUUUGGAGUCGUCAAGAGUUGAAAUUGCUGUCCUAUUAAAUGAACUUGCCUACCUAAAAUAUGAAGUUUCCCAACAUUCUUCUUCCAUUGAGGGAUUUGUCUCAAAGAAAAGAAAUCUAGCUGUUGUCUUCUCUUUGGUUGAAAAGAUAAUCAAAUUCAUCUCAAACAUUGCUGAGGAAGAAGGUGAUGUCUUUGAUGAAAGUACCUUCUCCAAGAUAAUCACGGGUCUAAAUGAGACUAUGGACGUGGUCCUAGAAUACUUGAAAGAUGCGAAGGAACAUGGAAGAUCCAAAGGAGAUGAGCUUCUUGCCUCAGUGCGAGUGUUGGGAAGCUAUCUUGCAGAAACUCCUCUUGCUUGUAAAGAAAAGGUCGAGGAACUCCUGGGUUACAUGCUCUCAGUAGAAUCUGAAGAUGAAUCAAGCCCGCUUUACUCAGUGUGUUUUUUGCUUCCGAUGCUCUGCCAAAUAACCAUGAAUUCUUAUGGUUGUAAGAUUCUAGCUUCUUCCGGAGCUUAUAAAGCUGUUGUAGAGUACCUAAUUAAAUUGAUUGAUUGUGGAGAACAAGUGGGUGACCUCAAUAGUAUAUUCCUGGCAUGUGAUACAGUGAUGAAUUUUCUUCUGAAGCGAGAAGAAAUUCAAGUUACAUAUGCCGAUACUUGUUUUAUUUACCUUUUGAGAGCAAUGACACGUUGGGCAGGGAAUACAGCUGAUGUAUCUAUUUUGAUGAUGGCUUCAAGUAUUUGUGCCCUUAUACUGGACUUGACUUCGGAGAGCAUCCUUUUGGAAAGCCAUGAGUUUAACUAUAGUGAUCUACAAUCUCUGUCAAAGCUCAUUGCAAAAAGUUUGGCCAUAUGGAAACAGGAGAAGAUGGUUACUGGUGAUGCUAAAUUAGAUGUUGCAGAUCUUCAUCAGAUUAUUACUUCAGGAUAUUCUCGUUGGUCGAAUCGCUUCCCACAUAUUAGAGUGGCUGUUGAGUCAUAAAAUUUAUUGUCUUAAGUUAUUAACUUAUUAUCCAGCAAUUUUGGAGUAUUUUUGAUCUUGUGAUAUCUCUUGUUGUAUGUUUGCCUGUUUUGCUUUCAUGUUCAAUAUGCAGACAAAUGAAGUUACAUGUUUAUAUAAUCCUUUUUUAACCUCUU